AUGCUCAAUGAAAGCAUGGUAGGCGAACGUAGUGGCUACUGCAAGGAGUGGGUCAUCGUUUGUGGAAACUGUAAGGCAACACCCAAGCUAUACGAAUUAACUAUAAUCAUCCGGUUUUUUAAUAAUUUACAUUUUCGUUUCAGUCAUGCAAUCAUCGUAUACUUGGUUCGAGAAUACGGCGGAGAAGACGAUAAUCCGCUGUUCCCCAAUGACCCGAAAAUUCAAGCGCAGGUUAACCAAAGACUGUAUUUUGACAGCGGCACCUUGUAUCCGGCUUAUAAAAAUCAAUACAACCCGUAUAUUUACCAUAGAAUAGAGAAAACCAAAGAAAAAGAGGAUAAAAUCCACGAAGCUCUCGAGUUUUUAGAAAAUGUUCUGAAAACAUCUACUUGGACAGCCGGUGAUUCAAUGACUGUGGCCGAUUUCUCUUUGGUCGCUUCCAUUUCGACCUUUCAGGUUGCCGGUGUGAACUUGGAGAAGUAUGACUUUAUAAAUAGAUGGUUUAUAAAGUGCACGAAUAAAAUGGUUGGAUAUGAAAAUGCUAAUCAAGAGGGAAUCACUAUAAUGAAAAGUCUAUUAAAUUAUCUGUUAGAAUUUGAUAAUUUAAAUCAACCACAUCGUGACAAUAUAUAUCGAUCUGAUAAAUCUUAA